AUGAUGACAAUCAUCCACUCGAAUUCUCCAUCCAAAAGCAAGCUCGCACUUCACAAAGCUACAGUUGAAGACAUACCCGCCAUCAAAGCGAUGGUCGAUGCCGCCUAUUCAAAAUACAUUGAGCGCAUUGGCAAACCACCAGGCCCCAUGUCAGAAGACUGGUAUCAAGUGAUCCGCACACGUGAAGUUCUCGUUCUCAGAGACGACAAGCGGACCCUAGGCUCAAUUACCUAUUACAAGGACGAGGAGACAAACUCCCUCAAAGUCGACAACGUAGUGGUCGAUCCGACAGCACAGGGUCGAGGCUACGGAGUUCAUAUGAUUCACUACGCGGAAAUGGAAGCUCAAAAGCACGGACUUCCUAGUGUAACGUUGUUCACGAAUGUGAAAAUGUUCGAGAAUAUUGGGUUCUAUGCGAGACUGGGGUUUAUGGAAAUAGAUCGAAGAGUAGAGGAUGGAUUGGAACGUGUCUAUUUCUGCAAGAAGCUUCGCUGA